AUGGGGAAGAAGAAAGUGGGAGAAAGCAGCAAUGAAGCUCUUUAUGACAUAGAAAAUCAGUUGACAAACUUGCGUGCCCUGUCCCCUGCCUGUUGUAUCUACAGGGUGCCUGCGCGACUACGGGAGCAAAAAAUAAAGGCCUACACACCACAAGUAGUCUCAAUAGGCCCACUUCACCAUGGCAGCAAAAACUUAGAAGCCGUGGAAGAUCACAAACUCAGGUACCUAAAAUGUUUUCUUGAUCGGACUAAAGUAGAAUUGAGGGAUUAUUUCAAGAAAAUAAAGGAGAGAGAAGAUGAACUCCGUCAUUAUUAUGAAGACACUAAGAAGUUUGAAAUUGAUGCUUUUGUGAAUAUCAUUCUAGUUGAUGCCGCCUUUGUCAUUGAGCUAUUGUUGAGGAAUAAAUCUGAAGAAAAAUUGCAGGAUGAUAAUGCUUGGAUAUUUAAAAAACCAUGGGUGCUACAAAAUAUAUUGCCUGACAUGCUUAUGCUCGAAAAUCAGCUGCCAUUUUUCAUUCUCGAGUAUCUUUACAAUCUCACAGAUGCUCAGACUGGGGAGCCUUCAAUAAUUGAACUCUCUUACAGGUUCUUCCAACAGGCACUGCGUUUAGAAAACUUGGAGAGCUCACCAGCCUUCCAUAAGUCUUUUAUGUCUCGUGAUUCUAAAAAACCUUUACAUUUUGUUGAUUUUAUUAGAACUUUACAUCUGCCAGAUUCGACCCCAGAAGAAAAUGUAGGGCUCCAAAGUACACCCAGCAUGACAAAACUACACCAGGCCGGAGUUAAGUUUCACGCGGUAUCAAGAGAGAACUUAUUCAAUAUACAGUUCAAAAAAAACACCGGUACCUUGGAAAUUCCAAAAAUUGAAAUACAUGAUUACACAGAGCUUACACUUAGAAAUCUCAUUGCCUUUGAACAAUGCCAUUGUGUGGAUAAAUACAUAAGCGAUUAUGUUUUCAUCCUGGAUAAAUUUGUAAACACCCCAAAGGAUGUAGAGUUGCUUGUUGAGAAUAAAAUUGUUGUAAACACGCUAGGUGACAACAAUAAGGUUUCCAAUAUGAUUAACAAGCUUUGCAGUAAGGUUGCUAAGAACCACGGAAACUACUACUUUGGUACUCUUGCUGACAGUCUAAACAAGUACUGCGAGAAGACCACGAACAGAUGGAAGGCAAAUUUGAGACAAAAGUAUUUCAACACACCUUGGGCAGCUAUUUCUCUCUUUGCAGCUAUUAUUCUUCUGAUACUCACUGUCAUACAAACAGUGUGCUCUAUUAUCUCUGUUAUUGAUCAAGUAUUAGCAGUAAGUCUCUCCGUAGCCAUUUUCUUCCUAUCUUGUUUUUUGUUUUUCGUGUUUUAUUUUGUUUUCAAGUAUGUAAAAGAGUGGAUGUGGUGUUGUAGAAGAAGUUUGUAA